AUGGCUGAUCAAAGCCUCCACAGUAUAGCGCCAUCCAUAUUCUACGACUCUGCACCGCCCUCGGAAGCGACGCCCCCGUUUGACAAUGGUUCGGCGGAUACCAUUCUCUGUUCCUCCGAUAAUGUGUACUUUCAUGUACACAGCGCGCUACUACGCGAGGCAUCACAGUCCUUUUACGGGAUGUUAAAGCACCAGGACAACUCUGAUGAUGAUAUUACGCGUACGCACUCCACGGCUCGCGACGGAUCCACACGCCCGCUCAUGACCUCCCUGACGGAGACCAGUCAUAUACUCGACGCGCUCCUGCGUUUCUGUUACCCAAUUCCAGAUCCUAUUCUUGACAGCCUAACGGACAUAUCCGACGUCCUGCAGGCUGCGAUCAAGUAUGAGAUGGAGCAAGUGGUCGUCCUGACCAAGAGGCUUCUCCUCUCAUUCGUCGAUGACGAUCCGCUGCGAGUAUGGACUAUCGCCUGCCGUUCGCGACUCGAAGCGGAAGCGCGCAUUGCCGCCAUGAAGGUGCAGGACACGUACCCGGACAGCGGAGCUCCCCCUGAGAUGCGCGAUAUCUCGGCAGAUGCAUUUCAUCGUCUCCUGCGCUACAAACGCGCGAACGGCGAAGUCGAUGACGGAUUCAUG